UUAAGUCUCUGGGUCAAGAAGCAAUGGUUUACAGCAGCAAGUUCACUGAAUAUGCAGGAUUCUUCCGUCAACUCCUGGCUGGUUCUGCUGCAAGUCUUGGUGUUCUAACAAGUGCAUUUCCUUAUGCUUGGGUCACUCCAAUUCUUCCUCGACUCCUGGGCCCUGACAGUGAGAUUCCUAUGGAUCCAGAGGAAGUAUCUUGGAUGCUCAUCAUGCCAGAAUUCGGAACCCUAAUCAGCUCUCUGCCAGCUGGCGUUCUAGCAGACCGCUUCGGACGCAAGACUGUGAUAUUAAUUUCAGCACCAAUAUUCCUCAUAGGAUGGCUAUUCAUCUUAUACACCAAGGAGUCUGCUGGUAUUAAAUAUUGCUAGAGUGUUUCAAGGACUAGGUGGGGGCAUAAUUUACACCGUGAUGCCCAUGUAUUUAGGAGAAAUAGCAAGUCCUAAGUACCGUGGA